CGUCUCAGUUUGCUCCAUGCUCGGUCUGUCUGUUGCGCUGACAUGGCAUCCCUACUCGUGUUGUGUGUCUCGGUACUUUCCAUUGCAGCUCUGGGCUCAUGUGACCUGGAGGAGAAGCCUUUCGUGGAACGAGCUGGAAGGAACUUCAUUGGAAGGGCCAGUACCUCCAUCCUGACUGUGCCAAAUGGAGGGAAAUUUGGAGAUUGGACUUGGAUAGAAAUGUGUCCUGAGGGAUUCUACGCUUCGGGCUUCAGUGUUCGGGUGGAGUCCAACCAGUAUGGCCUCGAUGACACCUCGCUCAAUGGGAUCCGUCUGUACUGCUCCCAGGGCACAGACAGGAGCUACUUGUACACCAUUGAGUCUCACAUUGGAUAUUUCGGCGAAUGGACGGACCCGCAGUGGUGCCCCGAGGCUGGCUUUCUGAAGUCCUUCCAGCUUCGUGUCGAACCCGAGCAAGGCAUUUUCGGGGACGACACCUCGGCCAACAACAUCAGGUUCCGCUGCACCAGCAACCCCACCUUGGAGGGGCGGGGGCCGGAUUGGGGUGAUUACGGUGGCUGGAGCCAGGAGUGCACAACUGGGGGCAUCUGUGGCAUUGAGGUGAAGAUGGAGAAUUACCAGAGUGGACUGGACGACUCCACGCUUAAUGACGUGCGUUUCCACUGCUGUGCCUAGUGACCGGGUGGAGCCAUGGGGGUUGUGAUGGCACCAGCAGAGGGAGUCGUGUCACCACGGCUGCAGUCUGAAGUUCACGCAAAAGUGUUUGCAAGUGCAUUCAAAUUCAGUCAGCUAAUUCACGCGACAGUUAAGGAUUCACUGGUAAUAACUUGUGAUUUAAUAAACAAAGGAAAUAAAAUAUGCAUUAAACGCCUUCAA